AACCUGAACUAUCCCGAACAGAAAGUGGUUACUGUGGGGCAGUUCAAGAUCGGUCUGAUCCACGGCCAUCAAGUCAUUCCCUGGGGCGACGUGGCCAGCCUCGCUCUCCUCCAGAGGCAGUUCGACGUCGACAUCUUGAUUUCGGGCCACACGCACAAGUUCGAGGCAUUUGAACACGAGAACAAGUUCUACAUUAACCCAGGGUCAGCCACGGGGGCCUACAACGCUUUGGAAAACAAUAUCGUCCCGUCCUUCGUGCUGAUGGACAUCCAGGCCUCCACAGUGGUCACUUACGUCUAUCAGCUGAUUGGGGACGACGUGAAGGUGGAAAGAAUCGAGUACAAGAAAUGUUAAAGCACGUGGGCACAUCUCCCAACCCUUCCAGCCUUCUUUGCAAUCCACACCCAGCAGUCCGCAGUGUUUGCAGCCUUGUGAGUUGGCCAGGUGGCUUCUUAUGUCGUGUCGCAGGCAACUAAGUUUACAGGCCCUUCCUUCUGACAACACCUGUCUUAGUUUAGCUCAGUGCUUCUCAACCUUGGGAACUUGAAGAUGUCCGGACUUCAACUCCCAG